AUGUCUGCUUAGACUGUAUACAGAAACCAAUUCAACUCCUGACAAGGGCAACAUUUUUGAUCUUGAUUCGGAUGACCAUUAACUUAAUUUAUUCGGAUCUCAAUUCUUCAGUCCUGCAUACUUGUAUAACUGGCAGAAAUGACAACUCAAGAACUCCGCCGCCGAGUCAUUCAGGUCUACAAGGAAUUGCUCUAUCUGGGCCGUGAAUAUCCUCUGGGAUACGACUACUUCCGAACAAGAUUACAUGGCGCAUUCGCUGUGAAGAUGAAUCUCACUGACGCCAAAGAGAUUGAAGAGGGUAUCAAAAGGGCCGAGUUUGUCAAGAAAGAAGUGGAAGCGUUGUAA